AAAAACUGAGAUUUUUCUUUUUUGAAAUUCUUUUUAAAUACGUUUUAUUUUUGAGAAAAAAUGGACGAAAGAAAAGCUCGAUACAUCCUAACAAAUCUAGAUGAAUUGGCCGAUAAUCUUAAGCUAACUGAAGAAUUUUGGCAACGUUUUGAACGAGAAAAAAUUUUUCCAACAACCUAUAUCGAACAUAUGAAAAAUAACAAAGAAUUGGAUACGAAAAUUUUGAAAAAAAAUUUAUUAAUCGAUAUAACCAAACGUUCAUCACCAUCAUCAUAUGAAAAAUUAUCAAAAAUUUUUAAAGAUUUAUUCUCAAAUAAUCGUCUGGAUGAUUGGUAUAAAAGCCAUUAUUCAAAUCAACGACCUGGUUAUUGUUUAAUAAUAAAUAAUCAAAAUUUUGAAAAAAGUGAUAAUCGUAUUGGCUCGGAAAAAGAUGUUCGAAAACUUUCCGAAAUAUUCGAAUGUUUAAAUUUUCAUGUUGUGGAACGUUCGAAUCUGACUCGAUCUCAAAUGUUAACCCUGAUGUCUGAUUUGAAUGAUGAUAAAACUCUUAAUGAUUAUGACAUUUUCCUCCUAAUAAUCAUGUCACAUGGUGAUUCAAAACAAAUUAUUACGGUGGAUGAAAAACGUUUAAAUUAUGAUAAAAUUGAAUAUAAUUUUAGUCAUGAAAAAUGUCCACAAUUGAAAAAUAAACCAAAAAUUAUUAUUUUUAAUUGUUGUCGUAAAACGACAACAACAUCGAAUGAUGACGACGACGAUGAUGAAGAUUUGAAAGAACGAAAUUUUGAACGACAAGAAUCAAUCGAUGGUGGUGGUGGUACAAUCAAAGAUAUGAUUGUCGUCUAUUCAACGCUUAAAUAUUAUCUAUCGGUACGUGAUGAAGAACAAGGAACAUUUUUUGUUGAUUGUUUAGUGAAAUCAUUACAAGAAUAUAAAGAAUCAAAUUUGGAUAAAAUUAUUGAAAAAGCAACCGAUUUAUUAAAUGAAAAAGUUACGGAUAUAUCGAAUCAAAUUGAACGACGACAAGCGAUUGAAAUAUCGAAAAGAGGUGUUGAUAAAGCUGUUUAUUUUCGUAUUUCACCAAAAGAAAAAAUUUAAUUUUUUU